UUCGGCAGAGGCAUCAUGGCCUCGUCGACACCACUAAACGAAGAAGUCCAAUCUGUUACUUGCUAUAAUAUACGACCGUUGUUAUUGCACGGAUAUAUAGGACCGUUCGUUUUGCUUUACAGCGUAUGGUUUUACUGCUGGACGUGCGUGUAUGGCCUUGAAGACUACUAUGAAGCUGGUUUGAUAGCACUUGCUUUCAUAGGAUUUUUACAGAUUUUGUCUUCUCUGUUUUGCCUUUGGUCGGUGGACGUCCGCUGCGUGCUUACAUGCUCAAAGGCAAAGGAUGCUGAUAGUGCUGACUGGUUGAAAGUUGUUCCCACGCCAAAUAAUGGAUCUACUGAGCUUGUCAAACUCCAUCAUGAUCGGAGUUCAACACCAAAUGUUCUGUCUUUCUACUUCCAAAAGAUGCAUUAUGUAUAUGAUCGUGAGGAAAAGAAACAGUUUGUACAAGUAAAGUUUCCUACUGACAGAACAGCAGGCUUUUUCUCAGAAUGGCGGGGCUACCAGGAAGAUUCCAAUGUGAAGGAGGUGGAGAAAAUCUAUGGACGAAACAUAAUGGAGAUGGACAUCCCCCAGUUUAUGGACUUGUUUCAGGAGCGAGCGACGGCACCAUUUUUCGUGUUCCAGGUUUUCUGUGUAGGACUGUGGUGUUUGGAUGAGUACUGGUACUACAGUAUCUUUACACUCUUUAUGCUCAUUGCAUUCGAAGCAACCCUGGUCCAACAACAGCUCCGCAACAUGACAGAGAUAAGGAAGAUGGGAAAUAAACCAUAUCUCAUACAGGUGUAUAGAAACCGACGCUGGCGACCUAUAAUGACCAAUGAGUUAGUGCCAGGUGACAUUGUCUCAAUAGGUCGUUCCCAGGAGGACCGCCUGGUGCCAUGUGACCUGCUGUUACUACGGGGACCAUGUAUUGUUGAUGAAGCUAUGCUGACUGGAGAGUCUGUUCCAGUGAUGAAGGAACCUGUUGAAAUCUUGGAGCCCAGUCAUGUGUUAGAUAUUGAGAUGGAUGGAAAGUUACAUGUGUUGUAUGGAGGGACCAAGGUGGUACAACAUACACCACCCAGUAAAACAGGACCAGGGCUAAAAGCUGGUGACAACGGAUGUAUUGCCUAUGUGUUACGACACAGUUUCAAUACCUCCCAAGGUAAACUCCUACGAACCAUUUUGUUUGGUGUGAAACGAGUGACUGCAAACAACUUAGAGACGUUUGUCUUCAUCUUAUUUCUGUUGGUGUUUGCCAUUGCUGCGGCAGCCUAUGUCUGGAUAAAAGGUAGUGAAGACCCAGAAAGGAAUCGCUACAAAUUAUUUUUAGAAUGCACUCUCAUUCUAACAUCUGUGGUCCCGCCAGAACUGCCUAUAGAGUUAUCCCUUGCUGUCAACACCAGUUUGUUGGCCCUCAGUAAACUCUAUGUGUAUUGUACAGAACCAUUCAGAAUUCCAUUUGCUGGGAAAGUGGAUGUUUGCUGUUUUGAUAAAACAGGAACUUUGACUGCAGACACCAUGGUAGUAGAAGGUGUAACGGGAAUGAAUGGGAAUGAGAUUUCACUUGUGAGUGACGCAUCCCUACAGACUGUCCAUGUGCUGGCCACCUGUCAUGCCCUAGUCCAGUUAGAGGAUGACCUUGUGGGGGAUCCCCUGGAGAAGGCCACUCUCAAGGCUGUGGAGUGGAAUUUGACCAAAGGUGAUACUGUGGUACCACUGAAGCGCAAGACACAUGGUCUCAAGAUAUUCCAUCGUUACCACUUUUCCAGUGCACUAAAACGCAUGUCUGUUAUUUCUGGGCACACCCCACCUGGCGCCAUGGACACAGAGUACAUUGCAACGGUAAAGGGGGCCCCGGAGACACUUAAAUCUAUGUUUAAGAGUCCCCCAGCCCACUAUGAUGCAGUGUACUUGGAGAUGGCACGACGGGGAGCUAGAGUUCUGGCUCUUGGUCAUAAAAGGCUGGGCAAUCUCUCCCAUCAACAGGUACGAGAUAUGUCCCGCGAGAAUGUCGAAUGUGACCUUGAUUUCUGUGGAUUUAUCAUCAUUUCUUGUCCACUCAAGUCAGACUCCAAAGCUGUUGUCAAGGAAAUCAUCAAUUCAUCUCAUCAUGUUGUCAUGAUAACGGGAGACAACCCAUUGACAGCCUGCCAUGUUGCUAAAGAGCUCCGAUUUACCAGAAAGACAACUGUCGUCCUCACACCUCCAAAUGACAAAGAUUCUGCAUGGCAUUGGCAGUCAAUAGAUGACAAGGUUAUACUACCAGUAAAAAUAGACAAUAUACGCAAAGAGCUGAUUGGUCAAUAUGAUCUCUGUCUGACCGGAGAGGCUCUAACUUACAUACAAGCAGACCCUAAGUUGAUGAGAAUACUUCUACCAAAUGUUCGUGUAUUUGCCAGGGUGGCCCCAAAACAGAAGGAGGUCGUCAUAACAACAUUGAAGAGCUAUGGCUACACAACAUUGAUGUGUGGCGACGGAACCAAUGAUGUCGGAGCACUCAAACAUGCCCAUGUUGGUGUGGCCCUUUUAUGUAAUGCUCCAGAAAAACCACCAGAGAGAAAGAAGCGCAGACCUGCUGAUGAGGGAUCGUCUGUGGAUGGAGAGGCAGGAUCAAGUGAAAAUCAAAACGAUAAACACUCAGUGAUGUCCCGUUCUAAGGGAGGAAGCAGAGCAGCCAAGCAGAGAGCUAUUGCAAGGGGAGAUAAUCUGGCGCCCGCACAGAAAAAACUUGCUAACAUGCUGAAGGAUUUAGAGGAGGAGGAGAAAGCUCAAGUGAUCCGAUUAGGAGACGCCAGUAUAGCUUCACCAUUUACAUCUAAACUGUCUACCACAAUGUGUAUUUGCCAUGUGAUUAAACAAGGGCGCUGUACCCUAGUGACCACACUCCAAAUGUUUAAAAUUCUUGCCCUUAAUGCCCUGAUCCUAGCCUACAGUCAGAGCGUCCUGUACCUGGACGGCAUCAAGUUCAGUGACAGUCAAGCCACCAUGCAGGGUCUUCUAUUGGCGGGAUGUUUUCUAUUUAUAUCAAGGUCAAAGCCCCUGAAGACGUUAUCCAAGGAGCGUCCACUGACCAAUAUACUAAACCUGUACACGCUACUCACUGUGCUGCUCCAGUUUUUUGUUCACUUCGCCUGCCUCGUUUAUCUGGUGCAGGGCGCCAAAGAGUUGGCUCCAUCGGUUGACAAGAUCGAUUUAGAAGCAAAAUUUUCACCAAGUCUAUUAAAUACUACAGUGUAUAUAAUAUCAAUGGCUUUACAAGUAUCCACCUUUGCCGUUAAUUAUAGGGGUGAACCAUUCAUGGAAAGCCUACGGAACAACAAACCACUAGUGUACAGUCUGAUGAUCUCGGCAGGCUCCAUAGUGGGUCUGGCCAGUGGCAUGUUUCCAGAUAUAACAGAACAGUUUGAACUAGUGGCCCUGCCAGAUGAGUUCCGCAAUGUUGUCCUUUCUACAUUGUUGGCAGAUGUUGUGGGUGCUUUACUUUUGGACAGGAUAUGUUUCUUUUUAUUCGGAAGAGGAAAACUCCGCCAAGGAUGAUGUGACACUAGGAACUUUUUAAUAAAUUGAAUUUAUUGUAAUGUAUGUACUUUUUAAUUUAAUGGAAAAUGAUGAUGAAUAUUAAAUUGUAUAUGGGAUCAAAA